CAGCCUGUAUAGCACUGCGCUGGGUGAGCAGCAUCUGGCAGCCGGCAUGAACCAGGUGGUUGCCUUCUUAGCAAUAGUCAUGGGAACCCACACCCUCAGUUUUCGGCUUCAGAAGGACUGCAUCCACUGGCCCAGAUGCUUUCCCGUCAAAGAGCAGGACUCCCCUGAAGAGUUGAACACUGUGCUCACACCUCCCCCAGAGAUUGAUAGCCACCACCCAGUAUCCUGCAGGGCCAGUGAAGACGGACCCCUCAACAGCAGGUCCAUCUCUCCCUGGAGAUAUGUGUUGGACAGGGACUUGAACCGUCUCCCUCAGGACCUGUAUCACGCCCGUUGCCUGUGUCCACACUGCGUCAGCCUACGGACAGGCUCCCACAUGGACCCCCUGGGCAACUCGGAGCUCCUCUACCACAACCAGACCGUCUUCUACCGCCGGCGAUGCCCUGGAGAGCAGGGUGCCCAUGAUGGCUACUGCCUGGAGCGCAGGCUCUACCGUGUCUCCUUUGCUUGCGUGUGUGUGCGGCCCCGUGUGAUGGCCUAGUCAUGCUGCCCAUGGCUGGCCUCCGGUUGGAACACUGGAGCUGGGUGUACAAGCAUUUACCACGGUGAGCCAGGACGCCCCAGUGCUCAGCCCCUCCAAAGCAUCAUCUGGAGCAGUAGGAUCGUGGGACAGGAUAGGGACCUUAGAGGAAAACACACUUUGCACUUUUUGGAGUGGAUGGGAAGUGCAGGUGAAGCGAAGGGGGCAGCGGCUGCUGGAACUGGCAUCCUGAUUUCCUCCCAUCAAGCUCUGUGCAUUCAUUCCAGGAGGCCACCUCCUGUCUCUUCCUUUCCCCCCACCCCCAGCUGCCCUCGUGAAGCACAGGCACUUUCUUGAUAUUUUCCCUCCUGCCAACAAAGAACCCCUCAUGUCAUUCAUUUGUUCGUUCCUUCGUUGGUUCGUUCGUUUGUUCGUUCAUUCAUUCAUUCACUCA